GAUCUUGUGGAUGGCCUGCUGUACACAUUCUACAUGCCCUUCGCCUCCCCUGGCCUACUUGUGCCCCUUCAGGUCUUUCUCGCCCGGGUAGAAAAUCCGUUGCCUGUGACGUCAGGGUUGGUAGUGGAGGUCGCGUGGCUCCUCGUCCGCCUCGUCUUCUGGUUCUUCUUCAACGGCUUCCUCCUGCACUUCCUGUACUUCGCCUCCCUGAAGAGCGCCGAUGCGGACGUUUUGCAUCGCCUGGACAAGUGGACCUUGGCAGGUGUGCUGUACCUCCUGGGACAGUUCAUGACCUGCAAGUACGCCGUCAUCUACGGUCUGCCCUACCUGCAGGCCCGACUGGACGGCAUGUGGGCCCCCACACCCCCCGCCUGCAUCGCCUACGUCUACCACUACUCCGACAUGUGGAGGUACUUCGACAGUGGGAUGCACGCUUGUUUGAAGAGGUACCUUUACCGCCCUCUGAAAGGCUCCAAGACAGGCCUGGUGCGCCACCUGGGGGCCAUGUUCAUGUGCUUUGUCUUCAUCAGCUUCUGGCAUGGCGCCACCCACCAAGUGGUGAUGUGGGCCGGGGUGAACUGCCUGGUUGACAUGCUGCACAUGGGGGCCGUCCACCUGGAGAGGACAUCUCUCGCAAAGAAGUAUUUGGUGAACCGUUUGUCACCUGUCGCCAUGCAGCGGGUCCGGGCUGCAGGUGCCUUGCCGCUACUACUCCUCUCGCUGAUGGUUCAAUCCUUCUUCCUGGGCGACACUGAGUUUGCCUCCGUCAUCGUCUUCAGACUUUACCUGAAAGCGGACUUCCUGCUCGUGGCGCCAGUCGUGUUGUACUGCUUCAUCCACAUGUCCAACCAUCUGCAACGACUGGGUUACACCAAGCUGACCAGCAGUGCCACGACAUUCACACCUGGUCCACGGCAGGACACGAAGACGAGUAGUCGGUGUCUCUGUGAACUGUGAUGACAGGUGCUAGACUUACCUGUUGACACAGGUGCUAGACUUACCUGUUGACACAGGUGCUAGACUUACCUGUGUUCUUGUCUGCUGACAUAGUGAAGAUGGUCUUCAGUUUGAAGGUGUCACGAUACGCUCAUACGUCAAGCAGUUGCUAUGGCAACCGACACUUACAGAUUGUACUGUCGGCAGUGCCUCUAAUGUCUGAUAAAAUCACUCAGUGCAAUUAGUUCAACCCUAAUGAUCGUGCGCAUGCGCCUUAAAAUGUGUCGUCUGCUGACCUCGCGGCUCAUGUUUACGUGUAAAAUAUUGUUUGCUUUUGCUGUUUACUUAUUUGCUAGUAAUAAGCUUGUUCAAUUGUAAUGUAAUUGGUUUUUGAGAUAAUUUCCUUGUGGAAGUGUAGUGUGUUCUAAAGGUGGUUCUUGUAAAUAAUUCAACAGAAUUCCCCGACCCCAGACAAAGCGCCUUGAAGCCCCCAGUACACACA